CUCGCGCGAGGUACAGGAGCGGCUAGGAGAACUUGUGGUGAUCGCCCUGCUGUGGCUGUGCCGCCAGCUCAGCAGAGUCCAAAGGGAAGAGGUCGCGCUCUCCCCAGGUCUGUGGCCUUUCAGUGGGGGCUCUCCCGUCUGCAGGGAGUCUCCAUCUCAGCAGCGUGCAGCCUUGUCCCAGGUGGGGUGGCUGCUCUCACUGGGAAGGUGGGAGAGACGCCGGUCUGCACAGCUUUCUCGUUCACGCUAGACGAACCACCUCAGUGGCUGCUACAGAUGCUUCACCACUCCCGGUCCUCAGGGAAUGUUGGCCAGGCCCAAGUCCGAAGAAAGGAGGGGAGAGUUUUCAUCCUCCUUUGCCCUGCAGCCUGUUUGGAGUCGGGUCUUCACUGUUUCCCCCGCUAAACAGGUAGAGAGGUGUUUGUUCUGAACGAAAGCAGAGACUUGCCCACAAAGGAGACCUGGGUGUUACGGGAAGUGCCAAAAAGGGAAGAACUUCCCAAACCGUGGGGGCAAGUGCCAGGGCAAGGGGCUGCGUGCUGAGACGCUUUGGGCCUGGGGCUGGACAGCAGUGUGGAGACACGUGCGAGAGUGUAACCAGGAGCCUCAGAGCAGAAAGUCUCUGUCCACUGAACCUGCUCCGGCCGGAGGCCUGCUCACAAGUGCAGCUGGCGAGAGCCUGUUCUCCCUGCAGUGGCAGAGCAGCGGCUCCCGGAGCCACCCCGGAGCACGCGGCUGUUCUGAGGGGCAGCAGACGCCGUUGCAGACCUGUCUCCUGCCCAGCUUGCUGACCUGUGUUACCUUCCCGGCUGCGCCUCAUGGUUUCUGUGCUCGCUCCACAUCCGGAGCUGUUUGCAGCGCGGAGGCUGGAGUGGGAAUCGCUCCGUGAAAGCGAUGCGUGUGCACCGACCCGUGCCGAGGUGCUGCGGUCGGGGCGGGCAGGGAGAGGGGAGGCACGCGGUAAUGGGGAGGGAAAGGCGAGAAGGAUGUGGCUGUUUAUUGCGAGUUAAUCAGAAAUAUUUGAGCCUUGGCAGUGACACGGCUCUUUAUGAUCCAGAACAUUUCCACCUCUCGCUAGGGAAGGCCACUUUAGCUGUAAAUGUUGCUGUUUAUGUUCCACAUGAGUUGUGUGCCAGAACUAAUAGGCCCAUGUGUUGCUUUUUGCCAAGUCCUGAGGGCCUGUGGCAGUGGCAUGUUUGGAAACGGGCAUUUUUCAUGCGAGACUUUAUUCAUGCACAGCAAGAAGAGCUGCUGUGCAGGGUCUCUGCUGCUGCCCCGAGCUCUGCGGUGCCGCUCGGGGCUGCGGGGAAGGGUCCUCCUGCGACAGGCGCUGCAGCCAGGGGCCAGCUCUCCAUUUGCGGUGGCAGCAUUGCACUGCUGUGCGGUGCCCAACAGCAGCAGGAGCGAGCGUGCGCUUGUGCUCCCGGCCCUUGUCUGCAGCUCUGUGUAUUACCUGCGAGGACCCGGUGGAGGGUUUCCACAUCAACCAGGAACGUGCGGCUUCCUGGGGGAGCUCUCGCUUGCGAGGAGCCGUGCUGUGCCCCUGGGCCUGGCAGCGGCAGGUUGCUGGGCGGCCUCGGGGGUUUGGAGAGCGUCGCGGGAAGGAGCGGCACGGCUGGGUGUGAGGCCAUUCCGGGUCUGAGCCCGGGGGCUCAACGGCCUCCCCUGCAAACGUGCUGCUGCUGCGCGCAGCGCUGUGCUGCGGCCCCGCGGGCUCCGUUACGGGGUCUGGCGCAGGGCUGCUACCGCGCAGCGCGAGACCAGGGGACAGCGAGGAGGGCGCUGGGUGCCUGCGCAGCCCCUCCGCGGGGGCUGCUCCCUGCGUCCUGCCGCGGCCGACCGCGGAGCACGGCCAGGCGGGCUGCGCCUGGGGACAGCAGCCGGCAGUCGCAGCACUGGCAUGAGCAGGGAUGAGCAUCCAGCACGCGCGUCCUCUCCCCUGAACGUGCUCGGAGCCUUGCGGCGCAGAGGGGCUCCUGGCCUCCGGCACAGCCGGAGCACCAAUGGCCCACGCGGAGGAACAGGCGCUCUGGGCGUGCUGCUGCUGGCUCGAGAGCCACCGCAGGGGAGGCGGCUGCGCUGGAGAAGCUGCUGGUCAGGUACCUCUGGCCAUGCCUGGGGACCCAGCCCUGCUCCCUGGACGCAGCUGUAACUUGUAGUUUGCAGACGCGCGAUGCUGCCGGUGCAGCCCGGGGGCACGUGGACGUGCUGGCCAGCACCGUGUCGCGCGGCUCGGGCACCCGCCAGUCCCGGGGGAAGCCGCUCCCGGGCUCCCUCUGCGCUCGUUAAACUGCCUCUUGCUGCAGCUGUGGCUGAGAGCCUCAUCGCUGCUCCCCAGGCUCCAGGUAGGCCCAGUAACCGCGCUGGUCGCAGCGUCUGGCACGCCUUGAAGCUGCUCUGCCGCGCUCUCCAGAGCUGCGCGGCGCUGGCGAGGUUCCCUGCGUGUCUGCAGCUGCUGGGUUUGGGGGCCAGAACCUCUCCAGGCGUCGCUGGACAGGCUCUGCGGGCAGGGCUGGGUGCUGCGGUGCCAGGAGCUGGCAGCCGUGGAGGAACUGUGGCCCUGCAGCUCCCAGACUCGGAGAAAGAGACAGACUGUGCCUGGACACCGCAGAAGAUGCCUGAAGGGCAGGGUAAAACUGUUAACUUAAAUUCUCUGCAAAAUGGCUCCAGGAAGUACCAAAAGAUUUGUUUAUUUACGUGUUACAUGAUUUCAGUAUUGAGAGCCUGUUGAAAUGACCUGGACUGCAGUUUUCAGAGAUGCUGUUUGUGGGUGUUGUCACCGGCAAGGCACUUUCUCCUUCCUGCAGAGCGUGUUCUGCCGCCACAGGGACCAAAAACGAAGUGCUGAACACAAGCAGGGAUUUUUCUGGUGCCUGCUGGAAUCUGCAAUAAGGCUGUAGAAAGCCCAGGAGAAAGGUCUCGCCGGGGUGAGGUCGCGGGCGGCUGAAGAUGGGAGGCUGUGGGCGUCCCGUCCUCCCCGUUCGAGGCCUGCUGCUCUGCGCCUUGGCUCUGCUCGUCUGCGCCCAGCACCCUCCGGCCGCAGCAGGUUUUCCAGAGUCCAGCGGUACUUACAACUCCUCCGCGGCCUCCAACUCCUCCGCGGCCUCCAACUCCUCCGCGGCCUCCAACUCCUCCGCGGCCUCCAACUCCUCCGCAGCACCCGACUCCUGGGUGGACGGGACAGAAGAAACACUGCUCACCUGCCAGAGCUUCCGCUGCUCCGGGGAGAGGUGUUACCAGGACGAAGCCUACGCCAACGAAACGCUGACCUGCCAAAACGGCUCCUACUGUGAGCUCUACCGAUUCUCCAGCACAAACUACACAGCCGGGUGCACCCGCGAGUGCAGCGCGGAGAGGUGCAGGACCAACAGCAGCGUGAGCGUGCAGCAGUGCGCCCUGGACUGCUGCGACUCGCCCCUCUGCCUUCAGCUCAACGCCAGCUCCUAUGGUGACCUGCUGCCCAGCACCACGCCAGCCGCCACCACCGCCACCGCCACCCCCCGAGCUCCCGCCCGAAAUGGGAAACUGUGUGCAUCGUUCUCCUGUCACGGGGACGGAUGUUUCAAAGGCAAGAAGACUGUUGCUGGAUGCACUGUCGGGCAUGACUUCUGUGAGAUGAAGAAGAUGGGUUUGGACUACGUGGCGGGAUGUAGCAAAGCCUGCAAGACCGCCAAGCCGGUCUGUGCCGGCAGAAUGAAGGCGACCUGUUACCAGGAGUGCUGCCCAGCUACCCUGAAGGCCAGCUGUCUGAAACUGGAUGGCAAGGUUCACGUCAACGGUGCUGAGCAGCUGACGCUGGCCCCACUGCUGAAGCUCCUGGCAUGUGGGAUGCUCUUUCUUCUGGAUUACAGGGUCUCUGCUUUCCUCUGGGAGUAAGCAGCAAUCCUGGUGCUCCACAGCCUGCCCUUGAGCUCGGCAGCACUUGUUAGGAUUCCUGUAGCUCUCUGACUUCAGCCAAGGCUGCUAUCAGACGCCCCCCGUUCGGUCCAUGUCCCAGGUCUCUCCUCCCCCUGUGCAGCACGUCAGUCCCACGGCGCGUCCCCAGGCCUCUCUGGAAACACCCGUGCGGUGGCUGCGGUUUGCUGGCUGGCUGCAGUCUCUACUCGUGUCGUCCCGCGCGAUGCAGGGAAGGGCAGAACCGGCGAACGGCCCGGGAGGGGCAGGGGCAAGGGCUGAGCCCCUGCGUGGUGCGCGGGGCAGGGCGUAGGUUACUGGCCGGCCUGGGCUGUUGCUGAAGCUGCUUCUGAAGCACAGGCUAGGAAAUCCUCCUUCCCCGGGGCUGCGCGUGCUGCAUGGGAACAGAGCGCUGCCACCACUGCCGCUCCCCUGGUGGCCCUCGGCAGCGGAACCGGGGUGAGAGCUCUGCUGCGGGCACGGGCCGAGAGCUGCUGGCUCAGCCAGUCCGCUCUUCGGCGGCCGUUCUUGCUGUGGGUUCAGCGUGUUUGGCUCAGUAGUUGCCCUGCACAGGACCCCGUGCUGCUCCCAAAUCCCACCUGCCAUCCCCGCGCCCCGCUCGCACUCCCGUGCCCUCCUGGGAGCGGAGUCCUGGCUCCCGUUUGGCAUCUGCCAUUUCAGUGAGCUCUAAAUGCUCCUAGUCGAGACUCCCCAGCGCCCUCGGAGGGAAGGCGCUUCGUCUAUAGGCACUAGGGGAGCUACGACCAGGCGUUGGUCCCCGCCAGAAAGCUGCAGGCCUGUGAGACUUGCGGGUGAAUUACAGCUUCUGAGAGCUGCUGCAACGUGCCUCUGCGCCACGGGGACUGCAAAGAGUGACCUCGGGUGAAGGGGCAAGGGGUGUUAAGCCUGUUAAAAACCAGAAAAUUCUGCCUUGACUGAAGACAUAGGGUUUGCUCUAGUUAAUAAUCUGCUUGCAGUGCAGCCUUUCUGGGCAUCCACCUACCAAUUAGUUUAAAAUGGCUCUGGUAUUGAAAUACCUCCUGUCUGGAUAGGUGAAAUUAAUAACACCAUGCUUCCUCUCCAAAUCCGAGACAGGAAAAUGAGAUUUCUCUGAAGCGUCACAUAUUUCAGAUAAUCCUGUUUCACAUCUAUGGUUCUCUACACCUAAAGAUAGAGCAGGGAAUUAGCUCGUAACUGUAAACAAACCACAGCCCCCCAGUCCCCUCCACUCCGCCUGUCACCGCAUCACAUGUCGCUGGUACCGCGCCUGUCACGCGAGGUGCCACCGGGCCAGAUCCCCCAUCGUGCACAUGCAAACUGCUGUCCUCUACCGCUGGUGUCUCUUCCAAAGAAAAGAUUGUGAAAGUGCAAGUAUAAAUUGAAGGUUUCAGUCCUGCUGGCCGCUGAC